AUGCGUAUCCAUAUCUAUCGCAAAGCUAAAGGGGCGUCCCAAGCCUUAUUAGGCGCGUCCAGCAAAAGUGCAGCGGACAGGAAGCGAAAUAAUGACCCUGGCUGCAGCGAGAGCGCCAUCUCGUUCUAUCGAAGCGAGCACCGCACCACACCGGUCCGCUCCUGUCGGCGGUCGGGCGGCGAGUGCGCAACAACGGCCGUCGACAGGCGGAAGCGUUCGCGCGCGCACCCGCGCAAGGCUACGCUCAUGACCUCGCGUCGUCUUUGUCUAGCGCUAUCUAGCGUCUGUUUACCCGCGAGGCCGAAUGCAUCAUACCUUCGCCGCGCACUUGAGAGCCGGGCGAUCGUUCAAACUAUAAACGUAUUGCUAGGGCGCGUCUCUCUCCAAGCGGGGCCUUGUGGA